GAGGGGUCCGAGCGUGACUGUCAAAUCUACAUAUUCUCUCUCCCUCUAAAACUCUCUCUUUCUCUCUCUAAAACCUCUCUCUCUCUCUCAAUUUUCUCAGACUUCAGAGGGGCUUUUGUUCCGGAGAUUCGAUUGAAUCGGCGAUCUUGUCUCACUUCUCCUCGGGAAUCCCUCGUCUCCUUCUUUCAAUCUGUGUCUUCUCCCAGAAUAUAAUGUUUCAGAUUUUCAAGGACUGGUUUUGAUUUGAUAGAAUUUUGACUGUAAAAGAGAAUGGAGGGUGACACAUAUUCAGGACUUGGUAAUGGCACCCAGAUUGAUGGCAAGAUCUUGCAGACAUUUCAGAAGAACUUUGGUCAAGUCCAGGACAUCUUGGAUCAGAAUAGGCUGCUCAUCAAUGAGAUAAACCAGAACCAUGAAUCCAAGAUCCCUGACAACCUCAGCAGGAAUGUGGGUCUGAUCAGAGAGCUCAACAACAAUAUCAGGAGGGUGGUUGACCUCUAUGCAGAUCUUUCCACUUCCUUUACCAAAUCCAUGGAUGCUUCUUCUGAGGGGGACUCUAGUGGGGCUUUGAAAUCAGAUGGCAAAGCUGGCCACAAGCGAAAUAGGCCUGCAUAGAGAAUUGCUGUUCUUAAUUCUUUUGCAUGGUGGGAAACAAGAAUUUCACAAUUUGUGUUGAGGUGGUAGAGCAUGAUUAGAUUAUUCUGUAACUCUCCUGUAUCAGUGAACUUUCUCUAGUUCUUCACUUACUUCUUACAUUUCUUAAGAGAAAAAAGAAAAUAAUUUUCCAGAAGUUCUACUUGGCCUCAUUGUAACUCUAUGUAACUGUGGAUCUAAUUGAAAAGAGAAAUUAAGCAUGUUUAUGCCUUCUACUUU